AUCAUUUAAGACCCGAAAUGGGCGACUUGAAGUCGGGCUUUGAAGAGGUGGAUGGCGUGAGGCUCGGGUACCUCAUCAUUAAAGGGAAGCAAAUGUUUGCACUCUCCCAGGUUUUCACAGACUUGCUGAAAAACAUCCCGAGGACCACCGUCCACAAGCGAAUGGAUCAUCUGAAAGUGAAAAAGCAUCACUGUGACCUGGAGGAGUUGAGGAAACUCAAGGCUAUCAACAGCGUUGCCUUCCACGCGGCCAAAUGCACUCUGAUCUCCCGGGAAGACGUGGAAGCUCUCUACACUUCUUGCAAAACCGAACGAGUCCUCAAAACCAAGCGGAGGAAAGUCAGCAGGGCUUUGUCAACAAAGGAGCUCCAACCGGAACACGCCGCCGCCGACCCUUACCCCGGCUUUUGGAAGGACAACCACCAACUUUGGCUGGGAUUGAAUGAAUCGGCGCAGGCUCUGCCAAUCAGCAGGCAGGCUCUGCGUCCCGGGGACGCCGCCUCGCUACCGGCCGUCGAUCUACCUCAGAUUUUUAGCAAAUCCCCGGGUCAGCGCUACCCGGAAAUCGCGCGAUCGCCUUGCAAACCCCCCCUAAACUAUGAAACUGCUCCAGUCCCUGGGAACUACAUCGCUUUCCACUCGGAUCCCCCGUACUUUCGGAGCCUGCUCUGCAGCAAGCACCCGGCGGCGGCGGCGGCGGCGGCAGCAGCAGCGGCCGCCGCCGCCGCCGCCUACUACCAGUCUUCCGCAGCCCUCCCGCAGCCCAAGCUCGCGGCCGGGGUCGCGGGGAGCCCCGUGAGCUUGACUUACAGAUACAAGCGGAAGCGAGCCUGCGAGGCGGGCGGGAAGGACUGCCUGCUGAACCCCCACGCCAGCGCCCGGCGCCUCCUCAUCCUGCCCAGGUCCUACAAAACCAAGGCGGCGGCGGCGGCGGCAGCGGCAGCGGCGGCGGCGGCGGCGGCGGCGGGGGCCCCGUGUCUGGAGAGGUUUCACCUCGUCAACGGCUUCUGCUCCCCUCACCACCACCACCACCACCAUCACCACCACCACCACCCCCGGCAGCAGCAGCAGCAGCCGCCCCCCGCAGCCGCCGCACAGCCUGCCCACCAUCCCCCGCACCUCCCCCAUCACCAGCCGCCGCCGCCGCAGCCGCCGCCGCAGCAGCAGCAGCCACAGCAGCAGCCACAUCUGGGCAGCUUCCCCGAGAGUUACAGUAGCGACUCCGAAUCCAGCUCGUACUCGGACCAUGCAGCCAACGACUCGGAUUUUGGCUCCAGUCUGUCCAGUACCAGCAACUCCGUGUCCUCCGAAGAGGAGGAAGAAGAGGAGGAGGGAGAGGAGGAGGAGGAGGAAGAAGAGGAGGAGGAGGAGGAGGACGGGAGUGGCUUGUCGGACUCGAGCGAGGUCAGCUCCGAGGAGGAGGACACGUCUUCGGACUCGGAUUCCAGCUCCGGCUCCAGCCAGGUCUCAGUGCAGAGCAUCCGUUUCAGGCGUACCAGCUUUUGUAAACCCCCCAGCAUGCAGGCGCAGGCCAACUUCUUGUACCACCUGGCCACCGCCGCGACUGCAACCAAACCCGUUGCUUUCGAGGAGGCCGGCAAGCUGCCCGACCUCAAAAGUAAUGUCAAAGCAGAGUCGCCAGAGGAUUGGAGUCAUCAGACCUGGGCAUCCAAAGCGCCUCCCGUGUGCUGCCCAGGCAGCCUGGGAAGUUGUUUCACAGAGAUAAGGAACGAUAGGGUAUCUGAGAUCACAUUCCCACACUCUGAAAUUUCCAAUAACUUAAAGAGAACUGACCAGACAAUUAAUUGCGUUGCAGAGGGGGCCUCUUCACCUAGCCCAAAGACAAACAAUGCAUUUCCACCACAAAGAAUACUCAGAGAGGCAAGGAAAUGCCUGCAAGCUACUACUACUCACUGUGCAGAUAACAAUACAAUACCUUCUAGGUUUUUAAAUAAUGAUUCUUCUGCUGCUGCAGCAGCAAAUUCAGAAAAAGGUUCCAAAACCCCUCAUUGUAUUGAAUUUGCCACGGAUUUGCCCCCUUUACAAACUGAUCCUGAGGUGGAUGCUGCUGUCGCUCCUGCACACCCAGAAUCAGCAGCAGCUAAAACAGAAACUCCGUGCCCUGACUCAGGCAAUAAAGCAUUGCCAUUUCUGCACAAUAUUAAAAUCAAAAUAGAGGAUAGUAGUGCUAAUGAAGAAUAUGAACCUGACCUUGUUAAGCAUAAGCUAAAGUGUGAGUGCAAUGAUACAAAGGGUGAGUUUUACAGUGUGACUGGAAGUAAGGAGGAGGACGCUUUGUUAACAGCCAAGGAAGAUUUUGCAUGCACUGAAAAAGAAACCACUUCCUUAAAUCCACUGACUCAGAGUCAGGGCCUUUCAUGCACUUUAGGUUCUCCAAAACCUGAGGAUGGGGAGUAUAAAUUUGGUGCGAGGGUGAGAAAAAAUUACAGGACACUGGUGCUGGGAAAGCGACCUGUACUGCAGACUCCUCCAGUCAAACCAAAUUUGAAAUCAGCUAGAAGCCCUCGUCCUACAGGUAAAACUGAGACACAUGAAGGAACACUGGAUGAUUUUACAGUUACCAAUAGACGAAAAAGGGUAGCCAGCAAUGUAGCAUCAGCAGUGAAAAGGCCAUUUAAUUUCAUGGCAAAUUUUCCCUGUCCACCAUCACUAAUUAUUGGGAAUGAUGGGGAUUUGUUGCCGGCUUAUUCCUUAAACACCACUAAGGAUUCCCAACCUCCUCACAAGGCCCAUCCUAUAUGGAAAUGGCAGCUGGGCGGUUCUGCAAUACCUCUUCCACCUAGUCACAAAUUCAGGAAAUUUAAUUCAUAA